UUUUCUACACCACAGAAUUUCGAUUUUGGAAAACCUAUUUUUAACAAGUGUUCUUUUAAAACUUGGCAGCGCUGCAGCAUGAGCACUAAAGAGAAGAUUUGCUUUCCUUCGGAGAAUAAGCAAGGAGCCUGUCCCGGAGUGCUUACUGGGGACGUAAAUAAAUCAACGAUGGGUCUUGUUGUCGUGCAGGAAUGGUGGGGGAUGAACGAAAUCAUAAUCGACGAAGCUGCAGACAUCUCUGGAAGAGGCAACUUGGUAACUCUGGUGCCUGAUCUUUAUCGAGGAAAGGUAGCAACCGAUCAUGAAACAGCCGGGCAUUACAUGUCUGAUCUGGACUGGCCUGGAGCGGUGCAAGAUAUCGCUGGAGCUGCCAAUUUUUUGAAAGAAAAAGGUUGCAAGAAAGUGGGUGUGACAGGGUUCUGCAUGGGUGGGGCUCUGUCUCUGGCGGCUGCGGCAUUGAUUCCUGAAGAGAUUGCAGCAGCAGCUCCUUUCUAUGGCAUCCCCAGUGCAAACCUUUGUGAUUUGGGGAAAAUCAAGAUACCUUUGCAAGCUCACUUUGGGAGUAAGGAUAAUCUUGAGGGGUUCUCUUCACCAAAAGAUGUGAAAGCUUUGACAGAGAAGCUGGAUGCUGGAGGAGUGAAGUAUGAGCUUUAUAUGUAUGACACUGGCCAUGCUUUCACCAACCCUACCAACCCAAAUUACACCAAGGAAAUUUGUGAUUUGGCUCUAGGAAGGAUGAUGGAUUUCAUGAAAAAACACUUGGCAUAAACUUUAUUUUCUCUUCUUUUUAGACGAACGAAAAAGAGUAAGAAAGGUUUUUUUCCUUUUUUUAAAGAUAGUGUUAGCAAAGGUUUGACUAAGUCAUGUUAAACUGGACAAAAAAUAAAUGGGAAGAUAGCCGAAUGACUAAA